AUGGGAUGUAAUAUGUGCGUGGUCCAGAAGCCGGAGGAGCAGUACAAAGUGAUGCUGCAGGUGAACGGGAAGGAGCUCUCCAAGCUGUCUCAGGAGCAGACCCUGGAGGCCCUGCGUGCCUCCAAGGAGCCCCUGGUGAUCCAGGUGCUGAGACGCAGUCCCCGCCUCCGGGGGGAUGGCUCCUGCCACGACUUGCAGCUGGUGGACAGUGGCACUCAGACGGACAUCACCUUCGAGCAUAUUAUGGCACUGGGCAAGCUGCGCCCACCCACCCCGCCCAUGGUCAUCCUGGAGCCGUUCGUCCCGUCUGAGCUCCCCCCCAUCAGUCAUGAGUAUUAUGACCCAGCGGAGUUCAUGGAGGGCGGCCCGCAGGAGGCAGACCGGAUGGAUGAGCUGGAGUACGAGGAGGUAGAGCUGUAUAAAAGUAGCCACCGGGACAAGCUGGGCCUGAUGGUCUGCUACCGCACAGAUGAGGAGGAGGACCUGGGCAUCUACGUGGGAGAGGUGAAUCCCAACAGCAUUGCAGCCAAAGAUGGCCGGAUCCGUGAGGGAGACCGUAUCAUCCAGAUAAACGGCGUGGAUGUCCAGAAUCGGGAGGAAGCGGUGGCCAUCCUAAGUCAGGAGGAGAACACCAACAUCUCUCUGCUGGUGGCCCGGCCCGAGAGCCAGCUGGCAAAGCGCUGGAAGGACAGCGACCGGGACGACUUCCUGGAUGACUUUGGCUCUGAGAAUGAGGACGACCUGCGGGCGAGGAAGCUGAAAUCCCCCCCGGCCCAGCAGCUUGGACACGAAGAGGAAAAAGGGGCCCCCGAGGCAGGCCCAGGCCUGCACAACAGCCAGGAGCUGGACAGUGGGGUGGGCCGGACAGACGAGAGCACCCGCAAUGAGGAGAGCUCCGAGCACGACCUGCUGGGGGACGAGCCCCUGAGCACUGCCAACACACCUGGGCCCUUGCGCAAAUUUGGCCUGCAAGGGGAUGCCCUACAGAGCCGUGACUUCCACUUUAGCAUGGACUCCCUGCUGGCCGAGGGCGCGGGGCUGGGCAGCGGUGACGUGCCAGGCCUCACGGACGAGGAGUACGAGCGCUACCGUGAGCUGUUGGAGAUCAAAUGUCACCUGGAGAAUGGCAACCCACUGGGCCUGCCUUUCCCCCGGGCUGCGGCCAGCCACGGUGCCCUGGAUGUCAACCGCAACGAGAGUGCCGGCCAUGAGCUGGCAGUGCUGGAGGAGGAGCUGCGGCACCUGGAGUUCAAGUGCCGCAACAUCUUGCGGGCGCAGAAGAUGCAGCAGCUGCGGGAGCGCUGCAUGAAGGCCUGGCUGCUGGAGGAGGAGAGCCUGUACGACCUGGCGGCUGGCGAGCCCAAGAAGCACGAGCUGUCUGACAUCUCCGAGCUGCCGGAGAAGUCAGACAAGGACAGCACCAGCGCCUACAACACGGGUGAGAGCUGCCGCAGCACCCCACUACUGGCCGAGCCCCUGCCUGAGAGCCCCCUGCGGCGGGCAGCCGCAGCGGCGGGCAACUCCAACCUCAACCGGACCCCCUCAGGAGCCCCUGGCGUCGCCCAGCCCAAGGCCGCUGCCCCUCCUCCCCCGGGGAGCCCUGCCAAGUUCCGAUCCCUCUCCCGGGAUCCCAACGUGGGCCGGAGACAGCACUCGGCUGAAGAGCGGAUCCGCCACGGCCCCAAGACAGGGGUGGCCCUGGAGCGUGUGGGCCCUGAAGGCAGCCCCUACCUGUCGCGGCGCCACCGCAGCCCAGGCCAGGAGGGCGAGCACUACCACAGCUGCCUGCAGCUGGCUGCCCCACGCGGCCUUGAAGAUCUGGGCCCCGGCCCCUUGAGUGUGGCCGCUGGCCCCCGGGUGGGUGGGGGGGCCGCGGCUGUGGCCCCCGAAGCGCCCCGCAUGGAGUGGAAGGUCAAGGUGCGCAGCGAUGGGACCCGCUACGUGGCCAAGCGACCGGUGCGCGACCGCCUCCUGAAAGCCCGGGCCCUGAAGAUCCGCGAGGAGCGCAGUGGCAUGACCACCGAUGAUGAUGCGGUGAGCGAGAUGAAGAUGGGCCGCUACUGGAGCAAGGAAGAGCGGAAGCAGCACCUGAUCCGGGCCCGGGAGCAGCGGAAGCGGCGUGAGUUCAUGAUGCAGAGCCGGCUGGAGUGCCUGCGGGAGCAGCAGAACGGAGACAGCAAGGCCGAGCUCAACAUCAUCGCCCUGAGCCACCGCAAGACCAUGAAGAAACGAAACAAGAAGAUCCUGGACAACUGGAUCACCAUCCAGGAGAUGCUGGCCCAUGGCACGCGUUCAGCUGACGGCAAGCGGGUCUACAACCCUCUGCUCUCGGUCACCACCGUGUGA